AUGGCAUCUCAAAAAGAUCAACAACACUUCCUCGUUCUCGGCGCAGGCGUAAUCGGCCUAGCCACCUCCCUCGUCCUAUCCCACGCAUACCCCUCCGCCAAGAUAACCGUGGUAGCAAAGCACUUCCCCGGAGACCGCUCCAUAGAGUACGCAUCUCCCUGGGCUGGUGCGAACUGGUCUUCCAUGGCCCACGACAACGGGCCUCUAGAGAAAUACGACGAGGUUACCUUUCACCGUUUUGGCGAGCUUAUCGACGGAAAGAGAGUGUUUGGCUGCCAGACGCUGAAGUCUGGUGAGACGCAAUUUGUAGACAGUGUAAACGGAGGAGGGAACGAGGCAGGUUUGGGAAGAAUGGGUAUGUGGGGUGUUUUCGAUGCGCCCAUCGAAGAGACGGGUAUUUUGACGGAAGAGACGGGCAAAGUGUGGUAUGAUCAGCUAGUUGGAGGUUUGAGGAAAUUGGGGCAAGGAGAGUUGCCCAAAGGUGCGACGUUCGGUUUCGAGUACCCGAGCGUGUUUAGAAUCAACACGCAGGUGUAUCUACAAUGGUAUUUCCGCUCUCCCAAGCGAAUCGAUCCAACGACAACCUAUGUGUUUCCUCGUCCGCUGGGCGGCGGUGUGAUUCUAGGUGGUAGUCGACAAGACAACGAUUGGAGUGAAGAGUGGGAUGAGGAACUCGGUCAGGAUAUUAUGAAGCGGUGCUGUGAGUUGUGUCCUGAGUUGGGGAAGCCGGAGAAUCUGCAGAUUAUUUCACGAAAUGUGGGGUUGAGACCUUCGCGCAAGGGCGGUCCAAGGAUUGAAACGGAGAUGAGAAAGUGGAAGGUCCCGGUUGUGCAUUGCUAUGGACAUGCUGGUGCGGGCUAUCAGUCUUCGUGGGGAACCGCCGAGCGCGUGCUUGAACUUGUUCAAAAGACGCAAGCACCAAACUCGAAGCUAUGA